AUGAUAACAGAAUCAGGGCCACAAAAUCCAAAUAAAAUAGAAAUAGAUGCUUUAAGAUGCCCGAUCUCUUAUGAACUUAUGACAGAUCCAGUGAUAACUCCUUAUGGUCACUGCUUUCAGCGCACAGGAAUAGAAGAUUGGCUGAAAACUCAUAAUUCAUGCCCUUUAACAAAUCAACCUUUAUCAAUAAAUCAACUAAUCCCUUGCUUUACAGUCAAAUCCGCUGUAGAAGAACUUCUCCGUCUACAUCAGGCAGAUAUCUCUUCUUAUGAAGAAGAAAAAAAAGAAAUCUCAAUGCCAAUCCUCUAUCUCCCUCAAGUAUAUAUUACUUAUGGAAUCCCCAUAAAGCUAAAGCACGUUAACACAAAUAACAUUUUGCACUCCCACCCAAUUAAUUACAGAAAUGGCUCUCACCAACAAGAAGUUACCUGUUUUUUCCAUAGAGAUAACAACGACUGAUGAAUUAUAAAGGGUCCAAAUGGUAGAAAUCGUUGAAAUACUUAUAUUGGAACACCAGUACAAAAUUUAUCAAUAAUAAGACUUGAGCAUUUAUUAACUGGCAGAAAUCUUCAUUCACAUAAUAUAAAGACCAGCGAAUCCAAGCAGCAAGAAGUCAGCUGUUAUGGGCAAUAUGGAAUAGGAGAUGACAAUGAUAAUUGAAGACUGGAAAUUGAAAACGGCAAAGCAGGCGACCUUUUAGGGAAAAAUUGCUAUAUAAGGUUAAUCCAUGUACAAACAGGGCAGGCCUUGCAUUCACAUGAAAAUUUUAAAACAAAAAGUUCCCAGCAAGAAGUGACAGCACAUGAUGGCCGAGACACAAAUGAUCUUUGGGUCGUUGAUGUAAUCGCUUAA